AUGCAGCAUCUGAAUGAUCGCUUGGCUUCCUACUUGGACAAAGUCCGCUCCCUGGAGCAACAGAAUGCCCAGCUUGAGAGGGAUAUCCGGGAGUGGUAUGAAAGGAAUCAGCCCAGUACUUUACCUGACUACAGCUGCUUCUUCAGAACCAUACAAGAGCUUCAAGGCCAGAUUUCCUCAACUUCUAUGGAAAAUGCCAGGAUUGUGUUACAAAUAGACAACGCUCGUCUGGCAACAGAUGACUUCAAAAACAAGUAUGAAAUGGAACGCCAGCUAGCAUGCAGUGUUGAGGCUGAUGUGAAUGGACUUCGUGUACUCCUGGAAGAACUGAACAGAGAAAUAUGUCAGCUACAGGCACAAGUAGAAAACCUUCAGGAGGAACUGCAGCUAAUGAAGAGGAAUCAUGGAGAGGAAGUCAACGCUUUGCAAGCUCAGUUGGGUGCCAGGGUCAAUGUGGAAGUGGAUGCUGCUCCUUCGGCUGAUCUGAAUAGAACCUUGUCUGAGAUAAGAGAGCAGUAUGAAAAUCUGAUGGAGCGGAAUAUGAGAGAGGUAGAAACGAUUUUCCGUCAAAGGACUGAGGAACUAAAUCGUGACGUUGCUUCUGGUUCUGAACAACUCCAGUCUGUACAAACUGAAGCCAUUGACUUGAAACGCACCAUCCAAACCUUGGAGAUCGAACUGCAAAGCCAACUCAGCUUCAAAUCUGCUCUGGAAAACAGCUUGGCAGAGACAGAAGCCACAUAUGGGGCUCAGCUUGCCCAAAUACAAUGUUUGAUCAACAAUGUAGAGUCCCAGAUGACCCAGAUCCGAUCAGACCUUGAACGCCAGAAUCAGGAAUACAAGAUCCUCAUGGACCAAAAGACUCACCUGGAGAUGGAGAUCGCCACCUACAAGCGCCUAUUGGAGGGUCACGAUAUCCAGUAUGUAUUUCACACAGGACAAGGCAGCAAGAUUGGGGGGGGGGGGGGGUGUACAGUUAGACUCAAUUUCAAUUGA